GUUGUCCCACUGUUUUUAUUCAGCCAGUGCUAGGCUGCCGCCCGCCUUGUCCUGUUAACAGUUACAACGUUAUAAUAUUUGACUCGUCGUUCGUCCGUUUCUUGCAUUCAUUAUCAUUUGACAUUUUAUGUUUUACCUUAAUAUAAGUACACACACGCAUACACUGCGUACGGUAACGUCUAUCUAUUCGUUUAAUCGAUUGUAAAAGAGAAAAACAUCUCACGAUCCAUUGGUUUCUCAAAAAUCACGUAUCCCGAUUAAAAUCGACCGGUACCAUCAACAACGACGUGAGAAUCGAACACUUUGAUAACGCGCAUUUGCAAUAAUAAUUUCCGAUUUUAUUACAAAAUGUCAGCCAAAGCAAUUAGCGAAGCAACUGGAAAAGACAUUAUAAAUAGGAAUUUAGCACCGUUGACGUCUGCAGCAAAAUGUCGAUUUGCUUCUGUUAAUGAGAAUACCAAAUGGGAAGAUCUCCUUAUUGACAACCCAUGGCUAAAAAGUGAAAGCUUAGUAGCAAAACCAGAUCAAUUGAUAAAACGUCGUGGUAAAUUGGGUUUGAUCAAGGUAAAAACUGACUACACAGGUGCUAAACAAUGGAUUCUGGAACGAUUGGGCAAAGACCAACAAAUUGGACGAGCGAAUGGAAAAUUAAAGAAUUUUAUUAUUGAACCUUUCAUUCCUCAUCAAGCUGAAGAAGAAGCAUACGUGUGCAUUUACUCACAUCGCCAUGCUGAUACUAUUUUAUUUCAUCACGAAGGAGGUGUGGAUAUUGGAGAUGUUGACGCUAAAGCCUUAAAACUUGAAGUACCCAUCGGACAGAAUGUCACCGAAGAACAAAUUUUAGAACAACUUUUAACAAAAGUCAGCCCAGCAAAGCAAAAAACAAUUGCGACAUUUGUAGUAGCAUUGUACAAAAUGUACGUCAAUCUUUACUUCACAUAUUUGGAAAUUAAUCCAUUGGUGGUGACAGACAGUGCUAUAUACAUAUUGGACUUGGCUGCGAAAAUCGAUUCAACCGCCGAUUUCGUUUGCCGGGCAUCUUGGGGAGAAAUUGAAUAUCCACCUCCGUUUGGACGAGAUGCUUUUCCAGAAGAGGCAUAUAUUGCUGAUUUAGAUGCCAAAAGUGGAGCAUCACUUAAAUUGACAAUUUUGAACAAAAAAGGUCGUAUUUGGACUAUGGUUGCUGGCGGUGGUGCUUCUGUUAUUUACGCUGAUACGAUUUGUGAUUAUGGUGGUGCUAGCGAAUUAGCCAACUACGGAGAAUAUAGUGGAGCUCCAUCUGAACAACAGACUUAUGAAUAUGCUAAGACCAUAUUGAGUCUGAUGACUCAAGAAAAGCAUCCUGAAGGAAAAGUUUUGAUCACGGGAGGAGGAAUUGCAAACUUUACUAACGUCGCAGCCACUUUCAAGGGAAUUGUCACUGCUCUAACAGAAUUUCAAACAAAAAUUUUGGACCAUAAUAUCACCAUUUACGUUCGUCGUGCCGGUCCUAAUUACCAAGAAGGUCUUAGAAUUAUCAGAGAAGUUGGAAAAACUUUACGCAUUCCCAUCUAUGUAUUCGGACCAGAAACUCACAUGACUGCUAUUGUCGGAUAUGCUUUAGGCAAAAAGUCUAUCCCCAAAGAAACUGAACAAGAAUCAGUCACUGCUAACUUCUUGUUACCGGGCGGACAAGAUGCCAAUACUGUUAACGCUAAACAAGAAGUUGUUGAUGGCUCCAAAGAUGGAGCAACAAGUCCUUCAGUGACCUCACCAUCACAACCAAAAUUUUCUUCCACUGCACCAUCCACAAAACCUUUGUUCAGUCAUAAUACUAAAGCUAUUGUUUGGGGUAUGCAAACAAGAGCUGUACAGAGUAUGCUUGAUUUUGAUUUUGUCUGCCAACGACAUGAGCCUUCAGUCGCUUGUCUAGUAUAUCCAUUUACUGGGGAUCACAAGUUGAAAUUUUAUUGGGGACAUAAAGAAGUGUUGAUUCCUGUUUACAAGAAAAUGGAAGACGCUAUGUUAAAACAUCGUAAUGCUGAUGUUUUAGUAAACUUUGCAUCCUUACGAUCGGCAUACGAUAGUACAAUUGAAACAUUAAACUAUCCUCAAAUCAGAACUAUUGCUAUAAUCGCAGAAGGUAUUCCAGAAAAUAUGACAAGGAAAUUAAUUUUGUUGGCUAACGAGAAAAAAGUUACUAUUAUUGGGCCAGCUACUGUCGGUGGAUUAAAACCAGGAUGUUUCAAAAUUGGUAAUACCGGUGGUAUGAUGGAUAACAUUUUACAUUCCAAAUUAUACAGAGCCGGAAGUGUUGCCUACGUUUCUCGUUCUGGUGGUAUGUCAAACGAAUUAAACAACAUCAUUUCAAGAACUACUGACGGUGCGUACGAAGGUGUAGCUAUCGGCGGUGACCGUUAUCCAGGCACUACUUUUAUGGACCAUAUCAUGAGAUACCAAAGUGAUCCAGAAAUUAAAAUGAUCGUACUUUUGGGAGAAGUAGGAGGAGUUGAAGAAUAUGAGGUUUGUGAAGCUUUGAAACAAAAUAAGAUUACCAAGCCUUUGGUCGCCUGGUGUAUUGGAACUUGUGCCAGCAUGUUCACGUCUGAAGUUCAGUUUGGUCACGCUGGUUCGUGUGCCAACUCUGACCAAGAAACAGCUACUGCAAAAAAUGCUAACCUCAAAGCGGCUGGUGCAUUUGUACCUACUUCAUUUGACUUCUUGGGUGACAUUAUCAAUGAAGUCUAUACUAAAUUAGUCAAAGAAGGCAUUAUUGUACCUUCACCGGAAGUACCACCACCGACUGUUCCUAUGGAUUACUCUUGGGCCCGCGAGCUCGGUCUCAUUCGUAAACCAGCUUCUUUCAUGACUAGUAUUUGCGAUGAACGUGGUCAAGAGCUUCUUUAUGCCGGCAUGCCUAUUAGUGACGUUCUCAAGGCUAAUAUGGGCAUCGGUGGUGUAAUCUCACUUUUGUGGUUCCAACGAUCGUUACCACCCUAUGUAUGUAAAUUCUUAGAAAUGUGCUUGUUGGUUACCGCCGAUCACGGUCCAGCAGUAUCAGGAGCGCACAACACAAUUGUAUGUGCCCGUGCUGGUAAAGACUUAGUGUCGUCAUUGGUUUCGGGGUUAUUAACUAUCGGCGACAGAUUUGGCGGUGCUUUGGACGGUGCCGCUAAACAGUUCACCGAGGCAUAUGACUCUGGAUUGAUUCCGAUGGAAUUUGUCAACCAAAUGCGUAAGAAAGGACAACUCAUCAUGGGCAUUGGUCAUAGAGUAAAAUCUAUCAACAAUCCUGACAUGAGAGUUAAGAUUAUCAAAGAAUUUGUGUUAGAAAACUUCCCGGCCACUCCACUUCUAAACUAUGCUCUAGAAGUAGAGAAAAUUACUACAUCUAAAAAGCCCAACCUUAUUUUGAACGUAGAUGGAUGUAUAGCAGUAUCGUUUUGCGACCUGUUGAGAAAUAGUGGUAGUUUCACACGAGAAGAAGCCCAGGAAUAUAUUGAAAUGGGCUCUAUUAAUAGUUUAUUCGUACUUGGACGAAGUAUUGGUUUUAUUGGACAUUAUAUGGACCAGAAAAGAUUAAAGCAAGGACUUUACCGUCAUCCAUGGGACGACAUAUCUUAUGUUUUACCGGAACAAUACAACUAAAGCUGAUUUUUAUUUUUAAUACUUUGUUUUUAAUAUGUAUUGGCCGACAAGUGAACAAAACUGUAUGCUGCAAGCCAAUAGAAGUUUUGAAGCGCACAAUUUAUAGUCAGAUAAAUUAACACAUUUUUCUUAUGUUGGUUUCAAUUUUUUAAUCAUUCUUGCAUUUCUUAGAUACCACAAAUAAUGAUUAUUUCUUUGUAUAUAGAAUAAUAGUAAUUAUUUUUAUGCCAGGUUUAUAUGUAAACUUGUACCUGUUUAGGUAUAUAUAUAUAUAUAAUACUCAGGUAAAUAUGUUCAUUCACAUGUGCACUGUUUUUUUUUUUGUUUUACCUUUACGAAUAUUUUUUUUUUUUAGAAAAAUAUAUAAUGAAUAAAAUUAGUUUGUUAUAAUUGACAAAUUUAAAUUUUGACUUAAUUAAUGGUGAUAAUAUUCAAUAUUUAGAUUUUUAUUUUCGUAUUUUAGUGUCAUGCCAAUGUAUUAGCACUCAUAAUUUCCAAGAUGUUAAAUAAAAUCUCUGCAACUUUUGCUGGCAGAAUGAUACCUAAAUAUUUAUUUGUAUUUGUUUUGGUAUAGAAUAUAUUAUAUUUUUUUGUUUUCA